UCCUAAAUUGACUAAUUUUCUUUUGUUCUUUUAUCUCUUUUAUUUGUUCUCUCAUAUACCAUUCCUUAAUCUCUUAUUGUAAAUGGGUUCACGGCUUGGAAUGAACCAGCAACAGUCAUCGCCUUCAACUACUAGGAAACUUAUUACAGCCCUGUCCUCCAUCGAGAAUAAAAUCGAUUCAUUCCGACCUCAACAACAAAUAACCAAUGCUAAUAAGUCUACUAUGAAUCAAGAACAGCAAGAUAUAUUUCAAACUAUCCAAACGAAUGUUACUAAGGCUGACAUGAAUGGUCAGACAACUAAACGAUUUUUCAUUCCUCAAGAUAUUAAAGACAAAUUCUAUGCUAUUCAUCAUUUGGAUAAACCACAGGAGAAUAUCCUUGCUGCGAAGAAGAGCAACCGUGGUAGAAAAAGAAUACUUACUCCUGAUUCUGCACAGCAACAACAACAACAACAAAUAAAUUUAGAUAAAUUAACCAAUCGACGUCAUAAAAAACCUCGACAGCAGCAUGUAUCGCCCACCUUAUACCAAACCUGCACACAUUUAUGGCCCAAGCAACAAGAACAAGAUGGUUCAUCGAAUGAUCUUAGUUACGACAAUAUCAAAUUACUGAGUCAAAUAUUGAAAGUUCGUUUAAGUCAUGCCAAAUAUAAGUUGAUGCUCAAUCAGCAAUUAGAAUUACCAGAAGAAGACAAACCUAUCUUGCCCUUGAAAGAGCAAAGGUUUUUUCCACAUAGACUCUUUGGAAAACAGAAUGAAUCAUCAACAGCAGUUAGGAUCGGUAAUGGCAAUAAUCUAUUUCAUCGCUAUUACGCAAACAAACAGCAACAGCAGCAACAAAAACGGCAUUCAAUUGAUAAUACGGAAACAAUCACAUCAAAUGCUUUACUAGAAGUUUUAACAAGUCCUUACAGUGACACAAUUUCAACGCUAGGACUUCUACAAAAAACACCUCAAGGUAACAAUACCAACAAAAAGAUAACAACGGCUUGCCAUAAUUAUCCACCUACUGCUAAAGCUGGCAGCAGCAAGAAGGUGACGACACCAAAGAAAAGAUCAGCGGCCGCAGACAUUCUGCCUGUGAAACAACCUGAUGGUUCGAUGGUAUUUAUUUGCGAACCCUGUCAUAAGAAAUAUAAAAAUCGAAACGGAUUAGCCUAUCACUUGGAAAGAUGUAAAUACUCGAAGCACCCUAUCGCCACCUCAACAAAUGCCAUUAAUACCCAUAACAAUGCAGAUAAUACUGUCGGUGCUGCCACUGACAAAAGUAUGACAAAGGACGACGAACCUCCUCCUGGAAUUGUUGAACAAUCAGCCAUUUCACCAACAACACCAGGGGAUUUAGUAGCAGAAGCAGCAACGUUCAGCGUGAAUUCAGAAGAAGAGGGUCCCAGUUAUACAGUUACUUCAGGAACAUCAAUCACUACCCCUAACAUUAACGAAGAAAUUGAUGAGAAUAUGAAUUUGAUACAAUGGGAUAAAUGUCAAAAUUGGGGGAACUCUGAAUUCAUCGAACUACAAAAUGUGCCAACCGAACAUGAGGAUGAUAGUAGUGUAGAAAAAAACUUAUUACAUUGUUUAUUACAACAAACGGAUGAGAAUAGUCAGCAAAGCCCCAACAGUCAAAUACUCAGUAGUACUUUGAGCCAUAAUAACGAUUCCUUUUUGACGGCUAUAGCUAGUACGCCUCAAACGGAUACUGAUCCAUUCAACCAUUUGCAAGAUCUACUAUUUACAACACCAUUAAGAGACGAUAAUAAUACGUCAGCAAAACCGCCAUUAGCAACUUCUACUUCUAUGAAUGAUAAUAGUAUGAAUAACAACGAAGAUGAAGAGCUAUUCAGUCUACGUAGUUAUAAUUAUUCACAGCAUUCAGAAGCAUCACCACAUCUCUUUUUAAAUGAAACAAAUGAUAGUACACUUAACACUAUUCCUUCUGAAAAUCUAAAUACUGCUUCCUCUCAAUUACACAUAUGGGAAGAUUUUAAUGUAAAUUCUCUAGAUCAGAAUUGGAGCAUGCUGGAUGAGAAUGAACCUUUUUCGACUUAUGAUACCACAAAUUUUUUCUUUCUUCCAUAAUAAUUUACAUUUUGUACAUAAUAUAUAUUACAUAUUCUAUUAUUAGCCUAAU